AUGGCUAACCCUAAACUAACAAAAUGCCAGAACAGUGGUUGUCCGGAGAAAUCCAAUUCCUUAUCCUGGGCGACGACAGACGAAAACAUAUCUACGCCUUUGGUGAUAAACAAAAAUGGUAAGACAGUGAUGUAUUGGGACGUGGCAGAUUACCCGGUUCCUAAGGAUUUAGUCGAUGAUAUUGGUUCGCUUCAUAGGUGUAUAGAAUCGAUUCUUCUGUAUUUGGGCUGUCAUGAGGUAUCUAUUGUGGCUUACGUUUACAAGAAUAGGUUUUCGGAUGAAAUGGAACGUAAAUUUACGGAUGCCAAAAUCUUUGUCGAUUCCUUACCCGAGGCCGAGGGUGGGUCCAUUCCAGGGGAUGAUGACUUUGCGAGAAUGACUUGGAUGUUAGUGGACAUUAUUUGUUUGCCAGUGGUAUUUCCUAAACCAAAUGUUAUUAUAAUAAUCUCAAAACACAUGGAAAAAGAGGCUGUUGAUUGUUUGAAGCUUCUUGACUGUGAGAAGUCGCAGAAAGAGGGUAUCCUUGCAAACUCUAUCGACCACCCUCUCGACGAGGACACAAAUGUAUCUUCAUGA